AUGGUGCAAAUCUCGUUGCUUUGUGCGAUCGUUGGUGUGCCUCAAUGUGUUUCCGCCAUCAAAAUCGACACGAAUGAAGUGGUGGGGAUUUUGAAGGAUGCCAUUAAGGCGAAGAACGCAGUGGAUGUCCUGUGCGAUGCUAGAGAGCUGCGGCUCUUCCUGGCGAAAAAAGAUGGGGCGUGGCUGCGAGACGACGGUGAUUUGGACAAUUUGAUUCAGACCGAAGGAUUUCUCGAUGGGAUGGAGGAGAUGCGCGCGUCGUGGCGAUUAGGAAAGCCCAGUCUGUUUGGUACUGGCGUCUUGCUAGGAAAGAAGGUGGUCCACGUGCUGGUGAUGCUUCCCCUGACUGUGCCUGGUCCGCAAAGUGAGCCAACUACGGUGGGUAAUGCUCACAGUACGAGUCAAUUGGUGCUUUCCAUGUUCGACAAGUUGAGCCGAUUGCUUUGGGAGAUACUCAGCCGACUACCUAUUCUGCAACGCGAUACAAUUACUGUGGGUGGUCUCACAAUCCCCUUUGCGCCAACAAUGUGGAAGGAUUCUUCACUGGACAAAUUUUGGAAAGUUUUCCGAGAGUGUUAUACUGGUGCCGACCUCGCAGCUGGUGCUGUGAUCGCGUUGCCGGAAGACACAUUUAUUCUUGGUAACGAAUCGCUUGGCUCGCAUAUAUACAUUCGUCAUUGCUAUCCGCAGCUAUGGAAUACUUGCUUGGAUACUUUUGAGCGUGCACGUCAUCUUGUAAUUCUUGGCAGCCCGGGAAUAGGCAAGACCUAUUUCUGCUAUCUAAUCUUGCUGUAUCUUGCACGUGAUGGAAAAACAGUGGUUUACGAGACAGGUCGAAGGAAGAUGCGUAUAUUGUUCAGUGGUGAACUGGUGGUUCAAGGAUCGCGAUCGGAUUUUGAUAAAAUUCUUGACCUGUGUGAAACUUUUUACAUUGUUGAUGGCAUGAAACCACAAGAUUACAAGGCGAAGACGAUUCUUGUCACGUCGCCACGUCAUGAAAUCUGGUUUGAUUUUCAUAAGUUUGAUUGUGGGAGGUUUUACAUGCCUGUCUGGACAGAGGAAGAGAUUUUUCAAUGUCGUGAGCUCAUGUAUUCGGACAGACCUGUAAACGACGUGAAGGAAUGUUAUCUUAAAUGGGGCGGCAUUGCACGCUAUGUCUUACGCUAUGCUAUUGAUCAGGACCAACAGAAAUUGUUUGAUGAGACAAUUGCUAAGGUUGAUUUGAAGGCGCUGAUCAAGUCGCACGGAAAAUCAGGCGGGAACGAUGAGUUGAUAUCGCACUGGGUGCUUCAAUAA